GUUAUGUUUAGGUUUAGGUUAUAGCGAUUAUCGAUUUCACCCUUUUCAGAUCAAAAUGUCCUCAAACAAUACUAAAGAUAGACCAAAGAAAAAGAAGCGACCUUCUGUUACUGUUAUCCAGGAAGCCGUUAAAGAAGUUAUUGAAUAUGGUCACAGCAUCAACAGCAUUGCACUCGCUCGUAAUAUCUCAAGAACGUACUUGGCUAGAAUUGAAAAUGAUUUAGAAGACUAUCUCAAGAUAACAUCAAAAAUGUGUCAUGGCCUGUCAUACAAACAAACAAGAAAUUUAGCAUUUCAAUAUGCUGAAACACUUUCCGUUACCCCAGACAAAUGGAAAUCAAAUAAAGAAGCAAGUAUUGACUGGCUGCAGGGUUUUAUGAAGCGCCACAAAAGUCUAACAAUUCGCAAACCUGAAGCCACUUCUCUUUCAAGGGCCACUAGUUUCAACAAAACAAAUGUUAAAAUGUUUUUUGACAAAUUAACCGCACUUAUGACCAAGUAUAAAUUUCCACCACAUUUGAUUUUUAACCUUGAUGAGACUGGUUGCAGUACUGUCACAACUCCUCCAAAAGUAAUAGCUCAGCGUGGGACAAAGCAAGUGGGACAGGUUACUUCCGCUGAACGAGGCAACUUAGUGACAGUACUUUUCAUGAUCAAUGCUUCUGGAUCCUCACUGCCACCGGUUUUUAUAUUUCCAAGAGUUCAUUACAAGGAUAUUAUGUUAGUUAAUGGCCCAGUAGGAGCUCUUGGCUUAGCUAAUAGUAGCGGUUGGAUGAAUGAAGAAUGUUUCGUAUCAGCACUUCAGCAUUUUAUGAAAUAUGUUAAUCCAACAGAAGAAAAUCCUAUGUUGAUCCUUAUGGAUAAUCAUUGUACACAC